CAGGGGUCUCAGGCCCGCACCCGAGGUGGGAUGAUCGACUUCAGCCUCGAAUUAUUUCCACGUCUUUUGCUUCCCGACGACCAAUUUGCACACACACGGUCGCAGACAUGUUACCAAGGCCGAUAUGCAGGACGACGGUCCUCCGAGCACUGAGAUCCCCGGCCUCUAGGAGAGCCCUUGCGCAAAGACGGUCGCUCAUCGCCGCCCCGAAGCCUGGAGAUGGACCUCUGAUGGAAAGGCGGGCCGACAGGGAGCUGCCGGAUGUCGAAGCAAGUCGGUUCCGCUGGUCGCGCACGCUGCCCAUAUUCUUCACCAUUGUCGCCGCCGCCAGCGUCGCCAUCUUCAACUACCAAAAGAGCUCGUCGCCCGUCGUCUCGUCCACGCUGUACGCGCUGCGCCACAACGCCAGGGCCCGCGAGUACCUGGGCGACGAGAUCUACUUCCAGCAGCAGAUCCCCUGGAUCAGCGGCGAGAUGAACCAGCUGCACGGCCGCAUCGACAUCUCCUUCUCGGUCAAGGGCACCAAGAACUCGGGCGUCAUGCACUUCGCGAGCUUCAGGCCCACCCCCAAGGGCGUCUUCGAGACCACAGAGUGGAGCCUUGAGACGAGUGACGGCAAGAGGAUCGACCUACUGGACGACGGGGACCCAUUCCGCGCGAUGAGGGUCCCCGGCGGUUUGGACGAUGACGAGGACGAGGGCACCACGAGGGGCUUCAGGCACUAGAUGAAGCUUUGGGGCACGCGAGGUGGACUUUGCCAUAGUCAUGGGAGAUCUGUCAAUGGUCCUAGCAGAACAACACCGGGGUUGCUAGUCUCGAAGCAACAACGACACGCCCGUGCUAUACAAGCAGGGACUGCGAGCCUGUGGCAGCCGAAUUGUGCGAGGGGUAGCACUUUUCGCGCUCUUCAGGACAAUCCCCCAAGCUCUUGAAUCAGCAUCACAGAAGAGUGACUGAGGAGCAACCCACAGGCCCUCCUCGGCCUACGAGCCAGGACCGUAGAGGUAGCUCGACUGCACCAAAAAAGAAAAUACUCAUGUAUGAUUUGGUAGAUACGCUGUUAAAAUAGUCCCAGAAUCUACCCCCAGUGGUUCAGAGCCACUGCCCUGUUUAUCUAGGUACUCGCGCCCGAGUCCCUUACAAAUGUUCAGAUCCUUCACAGCGUGUUGUACAUAAUUUGUACAUAACAGUAGCAGUGGAUGCAAGGUGUAUUUGGGGGCCAGAUUCAUACUACGUAUCUCAUCAGCUAUUUCACUGGUACCAGGCCGCGCAAAGGCAAGACAUGGAUGCGCAAACAGGCCAGCGUGGUCUUCUGGGACCUGCCAAUCUUUAAUAAAACUCCAGCUUACACCCACGUUAAGCUUUGUGUUUCGCGGUCUUUCCUGCCACGGCCGGGGUAUGAGACUUGUCGUAACUUGCAGAAUAUUUGGUCAAGUUCAUUGCAUGCUUCGAAGUGUUCCCAUGCACAUUUAUUUUGUUUGCCAGAGUACUUAUCCUACACAGUGGUCGGGGUCACGGCCUCCUCGGCGGUCUCCUGAAGGCCCAUCUGCACAGCCUCUUCUAUCCUGCCCUCUUUUCUCAACCGCUUGAGUUCCAUGUGAACCCUCCGUGCCUCGUUGAGGUCUUCUUCGGCAGUGGGGAACCUCUCGUUCAGCGCCUGGUUCAUCUUGUCAAUGAACUCCUGCGGCGGUGGGUCCUGCUUGACGGCGUCCGAGAUUCUGACCAGCGCACCCUUUGGUCCUGGCACACAGCCCUUCACCACGAUGAUACCCAGUUCGAUGUCUACCCGCAGCACGGCAAGGUUCUGCAUGGUCACCCUCUCGUUGCCCAUGCGCCCGGGCAUCUUCUUGCCGGGCAGGAUUCUCGAACCACUUCCUUGUGACGGGCCGACACUACCCAUUGUCCUGUGAUUCUUGGAGUUACCGUGACUGGCCUCCUGCCCGCUGAAUCCGUGCCUCUUCAUGCCACCAGCGAAACCCUGGCCCUUCGAGUUCGCCCUGACGUCCACCCACUGUCCCUUGUGGAACCAGUCCGGCAGCAGCUGCACGCCCACCGGUGGCGCCAGCCCCCUCUCGUCGCGCACCUGAAACUCCACGAGGUGCUCCUUGGGCGGGAUUCCCUUUGCCUCGUAGUACCCCAGCAGCGGCGCGGUGACGUUGCCGGGCCGCUUGGACCCGCAGCCCACCUGCACGGCGCAGUAGCCGUGCUCCUCGCGCGUCUUGUGGGCCACAACCUGGCACUCCUCGACCUGGAGCACCGUGCAGGCCAUGCGCUUGCCGUUGUGCGUGUAGUAGGCGGUCAUGCCCUUCUUGGUGGCAAGGAUUCCGGUCCGGAGGGGCGUGUUGCGCUCCUUGCGCUUCUGGGCGGCCGCGGGGGUCGUCGUGGGCUCCGGCAGGCCGUUGCCCGAGUUGUACUUGAGCUGGAAGCUCGAGCGCUUGGGGAGGGUGCUCCACCCAUACUUGACGCCGCGCGUCUGGGUGGUCUGCGCGGCGACGGCGACGGAGAGGGCGGGUCGGAAGGCUAGCGACGUCGCCUGGGGGUGUUGUAUGCCGGCGAUGAGGGCCGACGGUGCCCGUGACGGUCGGGGUAUUGAUGCCCAGCACCUCGCUGGUAUGUUGGGCGCCAUUGUCGCUGCGCUGCGUGUGAAGCGAACGAACGGCGAUGUGAGGUUGUGGUGCGAGGCCGAGAUACCAAUCCACCCGAAAUUUGAGGUUCUGGC